CUCUUCUGCUCCGCCCACCAUGUCCCAGUACGGCACCCGCAUCAUCGGCGCGCCCAACACGCUCGAGCACCGCACCUUCCUCGAGCAGAACGGCAAUGUCAUUUCGCCCUUCCACGACGUCCCGCUUUUCGCGGACCAGAACAACGGCAUCUUCAACAUGAUCGUCGAGGUCCCCCGCUGGACGAACGCGAAGAUGGAGACCAGCAAGGAGGAGGCCUUCAACCCCAUCAAGCAGGACAUCAAGAAGGGCCGCUUGCGCUAUGUCCGCAACUGCUUCCCCCACCACGGCUACAUCUGGAACUACGGCAUGUUCCCUCAGACCUGGGAGGACCCCUCCGCCCUUCACCCGGAGACGAAGGCCAAGGGUGACAACGAUCCGCUCGAUGUCUGCGAGAUCGGUGAGCAGGUCGGCUACGUCGGCCAGGUCAAGCAGGUCAAGGUCCUCGGCAUCAUGGCCCUGAUCGACGAGGGUGAGACCGACUGGAAGGUCAUCGUCGUUGACGUGAACGACCCCCUCGCGUCCAAGCUCAACGACAUUGAGGACGUUGAGCGCCACCAGCCCGGCCUCAUUCGCGCGACGAACGAGUGGUUCCGCAUCUACAAGAUCCCUGAUGGCAAGGGCGAGAACACCUUCGCGUUCUCUGGCGAGGCCAAGAACAAGAAGUACGCCACCGAGAUCAUCCACGAGUGCCACGAGGCCUGGAAGCGCCUUGUCACUGGUGAGGCUGCCGCCAAGGACAUCUCGAUCAAAAACAUCACGAUCAGCAACUCUCCUGGCUUCAUCUCGCGCGACGACCCGGAGUACACCUCUCUUCCCUCGGACUCGCGCAAGCCGCCUGCGCCGAUCGACCCCAGCGUGUCGAAGUGGUUCUACAUCUCUUCUGCCCAGGUCUAAACCAUCGUGGUCGAAAUUAUCUAGAAAUUGUACAAAACAGGGAAUUUACGUUGUUGACGAGUUC